AUGGAGAAGAACAAUGAGAGCUCUGGGGAGUUUAUUCUCCUGGGCUUCUCUGACCAGCCCCGGCUGGAGAUGGUCCUCUUUGUUGUCUGUACGGUCUUUUAUUUUCUAGCUGUCACAGGCAACUCAGCCAUCAUCUUCCUCUCCCUCAUGGACCUCCGGCUACACACACCCAUGUACUUCUUCCUCAGCAACCUGUCCCUUCUUGACCUCUGUUACAGCACCAGUAGCAUCCCCCAGUUCCAGAUUAACCUCUGGGGCCCACGGAAGACCAUCAGCUUCGUAGGAUGUGCUGUUCAGCUCUUUGCCUUCCUGUCCGUGGGGGGCAUCGAGUGCAUUCUCCUGUCAGUUAUGGCCUACGACCGCUUUGUAGCUGUCUGCAAGCCACUGCAUUACCUGACCAUCAUGCACCCACAGCUGUGCCUGAAGCUGGCAGCCUUUGCCUGGCUCGGUGGCACAGCCAGCUCGACACUGAUGUCCCCACUGACCAUGUCUCUGGGGCGGUGUGGUCAUCGCCGUAUCAACCACUUUGUGUGCGAGAUGCCGGCUAUCAUCCACAUCUCCUGUGUGGACACAAGCUGGAUAGAAGGCCUAAUUUUCAUCCUGGCCAUCCCUAUUGUUCUUGUGCCUCUCAUUAUGAUCCUGGUCUCCUACGGCUACAUUGCUGCCGCCGUCCUGAGGAUCAAGUCUACAGCUAGUCGGCGCAAGGCCUUCAACACCUGCUCGUCACACAUGGCGGUGGUGUCUCUUUUCUACAGUAGCAUCAUCUACAUGUACAUGCAGCCUGGCAAUUUGGCAAGCCAGGACCAGGGCAAGUUUCUAACUCUGUUCUACUGCCUGGUGACCCCCACGCUAAACCCUUUCAUCUACUCUCUGAGAAACAAAGACAUGAAGGCGGCCAUGUUGAAGGUUCUGGGAAAAGAUAGAAACCUGCUCGACCCGCAGGGCACUGACAGGACCUGGAACUCACCUCACUUGUCCAUGUGUUUCGGACCCAUAGUGAAUCAUAGUGACAAUAAGCCAAAGGUGGCAACGAUGUGGUGUCUUGUAUCCCAUAGGUCCCAGAUCAGUGAUGUAUAUUACUGUCUGCAGGGAAGGGCCUCCAUUUUAUUCAAGGAGAUAGGACUUCUUACAAAAAAAAACCCCAGCAAACUGACAGAAAAAGACCUGUGGCUUCCUUUUUUGCACAGAGUGGAGGAAAUGAUUUAUUUACAGCUAACCUGUGAUGCUGUUCAGACACAAGAGGAAGGAGGCACCGUCUGA